AUGAGUACAAAAUCAACUGAUUCGACACCGCAUUCAUCGACGGAAAAACUCAACGACGAAAUUAGAUCUCCCUCAUCUGACAAGGAAGUCAAGGAAGUUACUCACACCAUGGAGAAACUCACGGUGAAGGAAGAGGCAUCACCCUUGAAAACGGACAAUGCUCAGUCUCAAUCAGGAUCAUUUCAACAGCCUCACACUCACUCGGAACUCAACAAGGAAGUUAACCUUGGCAAAAAAGGCAAGGUACUAACUCAACCACUCAAUUCAAAUAAGGCCACGCUCAAGGUACGACUCACUUUCAAAGUUGUUACGCAAAUGAGCAGACUCAAUCUGAUGAUUUCGUCUCGGUACGAAAAUAAGAGAUUACUCAUCGCAUCUCAAAUGGACAAGCUCUUUAACACCAAGGUCAUUUCAUCGAAAUCGGCCAGUGAUCUCAACGCUUUGCUCGCCACGACAACGGAAUCACUCAAUGCACUCACUGCACUCGGUGCACCGGUAGAUCAAUGGGAUUUAGUUUUGGUGCAUUUUCUCACUCGGCGGCUGGAUCCUCAAACUCGGGAAGCAUGGGAAGUCAAGCUGGGGUCACGGUCGACCCCACCCACUUAUCAGCUGCUCAAGGAGUUUCUCAACAGACGCGCUCGUGCAUUGGAGAACAUGCAAUUAAACUCUCAAUAUUCUCAAGCAGCCAAAGCACCCGGCAACAACUCAACUGUUAAACCCAAGGUUACUUCUCAUGCUCAAACAUCACGACUGGCAAGAGCCCUCACGGUCUCUCAUCAGGAUUAUGGAUACGCUUGCUCAUUUUGCGAAAACUCUCACUUCAUCGUGGUGUGUGAAAAAUUCAGGAAACUCACUCAACAAGAAAGACAGGAUUUUGUCACCAAAAACCGUCUUUGCUUCAACUGUCUCGGCAGACACUCAGCUCAUUCUUGUCAAUCCGACAAGAGAUGCAGGGAAUGCAAUGGGAAGCAUCACACGAUGAUUCACGUACUGGAUUCAAACGCGAACUCAACUCAAGGUAACAAUCAUUUCACUACUAGACCUAUUGUGCUUCUUGCCACUUCUCAAGCUUUGCUUCUGCUCAAUUCUGGACUUUCUCAUCCGGUACGGAUUCUAUUAGAUUCAGGGUCAGAAUUAUCUUUUAUUUCUGAACAGCUUGUUUCAAAACUUAGACUCACAAGGCAAUAUUCAAAUAUUCCGAUUGUUGGAAUUGGAGGAACAGCAUCCGGCAGUACUCGCGGAAUAGUUUCAAUCACGCUUCAAUCAAUUUACUAUGAUGAAACUUUAUUGCUUAACGCUUACAUCCUCUCAAAACUAUCCUCAACACUUCCUUCAAUCUCGCUUAAUGCUCAAUCCAUUCCUGAAUUUAAAGAUUUACAAUUGGCUGAUCCUCAAUAUUUUCACAGCUCAAAAAUAGACAUCAUCAUCGGAGCUGAUCAUUAUGGGCAAUUGUUAAAACCAGGUCUCACUCACGGCAAGAACUCAUCACUCACGGCUCAAAGAACGCUCUUUGGUUGGGCCAUCCUCGGGCCAGUCACGGCAGACCAUGGGGCCAUUCCUGGGCCAGUCAAUGCAGCCUCAUCUUGGCCUGGUCACUCACAUCAUCUCUCGGUCAAUCACCAGCUCAACGACAUCUCAGAUCUUUUGGCAAAAUUCUGGGAACAAGAGGAGGUUCCACUCAAGGUCAAGGACUCACUCACACCAGAGGAACAAGAGUGUGAGCAUCAUUUUCAAACCACUCAUUCGCGGGACUCAACGGGCAAAUACAUUGUACGAUUGCCACUCAAUUCAUCAUCGAUGUCAAAAUCAACACUCAGGCGGAUCUCAAAAAAUCAGGCUUACGGGGAUCUCUACCAAUCUUUUCUCAACGAGUACGAAAGGGACACUCACAUGGUUCGUGCUCCAUCAUCGGAUCAACCAUCACCAGUUUACUACCUACCUCAUCAUGGCGUGCUCAAGGAACAAAGUACAACCACAAAAUUAAGGGUUGUAUUUAAUGGUUCCAGCCCAACCAGCUCAGGGUAUUCACUCAACGACAUUCUUCACACCGGGGCGAAACUACAAAGGGACAUCUCAGACGUGCUGCUCUGGACCAGGAGGUUUAGAUUUAUUUUCUCAUCGGACAUCACAAAAAUGUUUCGCCAGAUCAAGGUCGACCCACUUGAUUGGGAUCUUCAGCGGAUAUUAUGGAUCGAUCGUGAUCAACAGGAGGUGCCAUAUCAACUUACGACUGUCAGUUAUGGUACGCAAUCAGCACCUUUUUUGGCAGUUCGUGCAAUUCUUCAGCUCAUCCAGGAUGAAGGUCACGGAUUCCCUCUGGCGGUACCAGUUCUCAUCAACGGCAGAUAUGUAGACGACAUUUACGGUGGAGCGGAUCAACUGGAGGAACUCAUCCCUAUUGCUCAACAAACGGAGGAACUUCUCAAACGCGGCGGCUUUCCAUUGGCCAAAUGGCAAAGCAACCAUCCGGAUCUAAUCAACAGUAUUGCACCUGGACAAAUCUCAAAAGGGACUCACAUAUUCGAAAGCAACAUCACGAAAGUACUUGGUCUUUCAUGGUGCACUCAAAGUGACUGCUUUAAAUUCAUCUUUCAGUUACCAAGUCAAUCAUCGGGACCAACCACCAAGCGGAUCAUACUCUCGGAGGUAGCUCAACUAUUCGAUCCACUUGGAUUCUUAUCACCAUUCAUCAUACGAGCCAAGAUGUUAUUACAGGAGCUUUGGUUAGCAAAUCUCGGCUGGGACGACCCAAUUCCCGAUGAAAUCAUCAAAAAAUGGUUCAAGUUCAAACGGGAACUUGAUCAACUCUCAAUGAUUUCAAUUCCACGGUGGCUAAAUCUCACGGCACAAUCAACGGUUGAACUUCAUGGAUUUUCGGACGCAUCUCAAUUAGCAAUGUCAGCAGUCAUCUAUAUCAAGUCAACAAACUCAGAUCUCGAACCAACUCUCAAUUUCGUUUGUGCAAAAACAAAGGUUGCACUACCCAAGAAACUAACCAUUCCAAGGUUGGAACUCACGGCAGCGCAAUUAUUAACCCGACUCAUGGUUUAUAUUCAACGGACGCUGGAUUUAUCUCACAUGCCAGUAUUCAUGUGGACGGACUCACAGGUGGAGUAUGAUUGA